AUGAAUGUCUUGUCAGCUUUUACAGAACAAAAAAAGAUUAGACCAGUGUAUCAAUUCAAAAGAGGCAAGACAUUUGUAUCGCUCAAGCACCCUGGUAUCGAUGCACUCAAACCAACAUUCCCAUCCAACACCAUGCUGGCUAAAUCAGACAGCAUACUACCACAGUCUGUAUCCUCCUCAUCUUCCACAUCCAGCACGGCAGAGGAACAGGCCACGCCUGAUCAGGGUGAGGAGGACGAUGCUAUUUUUGAUUUUCCAAGUGCAUUGGAUGAAUUUGUAGAAAUCAAGGUCAUGGUGGCCUCCAACAGAAAAACCAUCCCUGAAGCACCUAAAUUGACUAGAAAACAAUCCAAGCCCAAAAAGAAUGCAUCGCCUGUGAAUCAAGCCAAAAGGACGACGCAAACAACAACAACAACAGCAACAGCAACAACAGCAACAACAGCAACAAACAAACCUAGAUCACCAGUAAAUCAUCCUACCAAAAAGAGACCCAUAUCCACUGGCCCCAGCGUGCUGCAGCCCAAAGAGCCUGUGGUACCUGCUGUUACCAGCAGCAAUGCGCUACCGUGUGAUGAUCAAGGCGAAUUUGAUAUUUUUGCAUUCGACCCUCAACCUACAUCUCAUCUCACCCACAAGCGCAAACCAAAACCCAACCCUUUCAUGGCCGCAUCACCUUCUCCUUCUAGACGUGAACCCACUCAUUAUACAGCUAAUACAUAUAUUCCUCCCAUGCCAGCAUAUCAAACUAAUCCAGCGCAUCACCCUUAUCAUCAUCAUCAUCAUCAUCAUCAUCACCAUCAUCAUCAUUAUCAACCCAUAUCCAUUGCCAGUCUGCUGAAUGAACCAUUGCCAUUGCAACCACGCCCUGUCGAAAAGAAACGAAAACGAAAUCUAGUGGCUCAUCUCAAAACAGCAAGCGGUGAAAAGGAACACAAGCACUUGCAAGAAUUCGAUUGUUUAUCAGAUGAAGACGAUCUAGCUCUAGAACAGCAAAAGAGCCCUCCUCUUUUGCCUCUUAAAACCCUGAUCAAAGAUCCCAGUCUAUCUCCUGAACUCACCUAUGAAGAAACCAUGCAAAUGCAGCUGGACUCGUUGAUGCAAACUGAAUUUGGAGAAUCAUCGUAUUCACAACCAUCCGCUCCAAACAAACGACCACAGUAUCAGCCAUCCAACAAACUAAAUGUGAGGGUGACAUUUCAAAAGAAACAAUAA